AUGAUGGCAGAGGUGAUUAAUAAUGGUCCUAAUAAUGAUCAUCUUUCCGGAAACGAAUAUGAGAUACUGGAACAAGGUUCUAUAUCAAAUGUUCAAGUUGAAUUUAUAUCAAGAUUUUUAUCGGAAUGUCCGGAAGCAGCUUUAAGUGUACACAAGUUUCUGCAGACAAAUUAUUCCAAGUCAAAUCAGCAACAGCAAAUAGUGCAACCAGUGAAUUCAACUCCAAAGCGUGGACAUCCUCUAGAUGAUAGUGAAGGUUCAAUCAAUAAUGGAAGAGGUCGUCGUAAAUAUCCUCGAAAAGGUAUCGACAACAAUGCACAAAAGCUAUCGCAUAAUGUACAACAAGAUAUUAAUUUACAACCACAACAAUCAUCGUCGUCAAUGUCGUCAGGUGAAAGACAACAUCAAGGGAUAAAUCAGGCUACUACGAAUCGUAAACGAAUUUCUUUUAAUCAACUGAAGCACGCGGUAUCUUCUAAUCUACCAUGUUUUUUUAUUGAAUUCAGUUCGGAUGCUGAUCGUCAUAGUAUUCCAACAGCUCUUCAUGCAAGUGAUCUUAUACUUAAAGAACUACAAUCGAAGGGUGUUUUAAUUAAUAAGUUUACAUUAGUAGGAUGGGCAGGGGAAAAGCUCAAGUUAGGUGUUAAUAAUAAAGAAGAUUAUGCUACUCUCGUUGGUUCGGAUAAAUGGCCUACAAAGAUAAAUGGGAUUGAUAUUGUCGUCAUAAAACCUAAAUAUAUACCCGAUUCAUUUGCUCUUGUAGUUCGAUAUGUUCCUAGAGAACUAGAUGAAAAUUUUGUCUCAAAUGAAAUACAGAGAACAAUUGCCUCUGCAGAUCGAAUUAAACGUAUUCACUAUUCCUACCAAAGAAGAACAGAUGAUUAUCGAUUCGAUGUUAAAGAUUAUAGUGAAUAUAAUGCUGUGCUGCAACUGGGUCGAACUGCAAUAGGUCAUUCGUGGUUAUCGAUCACCAAGUUUUAUCCUGGAAACCGUCUAACUUACUGCACGAAAUGUUGGUGUAUAGGUCAUUUAAGAAAUAAAUGCAACUCAGUAAACAAAUGUCGAAUUUGUCUUGAAAAUUUGAGUGUGGAUACUCUGCAUAUGUGUAAAAAUGAACCGAAAUGUGCUCAAUGUGAUGGAAAUCAUCAUUCAUUAGAUAGUCAGUGUCAAGUUAUUAAAGAAUAUAAAGACGAAUUAAAAAAGGAUGUUGAAGAUGCGAUUCAAAAAGGAUUAUUACAGCGAUUUUCAAUGCAAGAAAAAUCUCCUUCAUUCGAACUUCGUGAACAAGAUUUUCCACCAUUAGCAGCAAGUGAUAAUCAUUCUAAUAAAAAAUGGAAUAUUGCUCAAUCUCGUACAACGGUCGAGUCGAAUUUUUUACGUACAUCAGAUACAGAAAAAACAAUUGAAUCUAUUAAUGAUAAUCUGACAAAGCUUAUCGAUAGUAACCAACGACUAGAAAAUAAAGUCGAUUUACUAUCAUCAAACAUAAAAAUCGUUAAUCUCGACACUCAGCUACAUCAAGCAGUCCUAGCGGAUACCAUCAACAUUAUGAAAGAUUUUAUUCAAUAUUUCAUACCAGCAUCGUUAACUACUGGCAAAAUUGAAAGAUUUUCGCUGGUACCUGUGGCGAAAGAAUACUACAAUCGCUUUCAGGUCGCGUCCUCAAGAUUAAUAAAUGGCUUCCAAUUAAAUCACCAGGUUCAGCUGAUUCCAACUACGUAUAAUAAUAAUAACACUGCUCAAACCGAUCAACAGCCUUCGUCAGUAUACAAAUCAACACAUAAUGCUAAGUAGAUCAUCAAAUCUUAAUGUACACGCCAAAGCUUUUUUUCCUGCUUCAGUGAAUUAUUUAUCUAACCCUAGAGAGGAAGCUAUGCACCGGCUGAAAACUUGGAAUUUUCCAACUAAAGAUCAGAAAUUAGUACUAUCUCUGUUAGAUGAAUGGUACACAGGUAGAACCUUGAAUAUAGUCUUAGAAGAAUGGGAAAAGAUUGGAAUAGCCUCCUUACGGAACCAAAAAGAAUAUAUAAAGAUUCUAUGCUAUAAUGUCGAAGGAUGGGGCACUCGGGCAGUUGAAGCUAUUGAUUUAGUGUAUAAAGUUCAAGCUUCUAUUUGUAUAUUUACAGAAGUAGGAGAGUUAUGGAACACAUGUCGAUUACCACAUUUUAACACGUUCUAUCAAAAGGGUACUAACAAGAAUGGAGGAGUAUGCAUAGCAGUAGGGAAGCAUCUGAAAGCGACGCGCAUCGAGAUUAACAUUCCGAACACGGUUAUUAUUGAUAUAUCAGGACUAUCAGAACCAGUGCGUAUUAUUGGUAUUUACUGGCCCUCUAGUCAACAGCGUGAUCUAGAUGAAAUUCAGCCGUAUGUAAUAGAAGGUACUAUACUAUCAGGUGACUUUAAUGCAACAGUGAAGGAAUGGAAUAGUCCAAUAACUGAUAGGAGAGGCGCGCGAGUGAGAGAAUGGAUUAAUGAAAAUAAUCUCAGUUAUAUUACAUCAACGACCAACUCGUCUAAGCGCUCCCUACGUAACAUAGAUUUGUUGUUCUCUAAUAUGAGUACUAUUUCAAGUGAAACAUUAUUUUUUGGUACUAGUGAUCAUUGGCCUAUUUUGCUAUCAUGCGAGAACAUUUUUUUCGAUACAAACAGUUUUUUUCCUCAUACAAAUUGGAAGGUAUUUGAAGCAGUAUUAGCGCUAUUACAAAUAUUCUGGAUGGAAGAACAAAAGAAAAACAGUGCAGAUGAGUGGUAUAAGCAAUAUAUUCGUUUCAUCGCGGCGGUCAAAAACAGAGUGACUCAUUGGAAAGAGAGAGAUAAAUUUAAACCAUCGUUACCGGCUGAUAUCAUCGAAAAAUUAAAAGAAAUACGGAAAGUGAGAAAUAGAUAUUAUCAUUUAAGACAUAAAGGAGUUUUUAGCGAGGAAACGAGAGUGCUUUUACGCGCAAUGACGAGAGAAUCGAAAGUUGAUAUAGCAAAACAUAAAAAUGCUCAAUGGCAAAACUUCUUAUCUAAUAUUCAAAUGUCGUACGAAAAAUCAGAUAAAGCGUUUUGGACACACUUAUCGCGCAUAUACAAAUCGCGAUCGCUGCCGUUCUAUAAACUAUCGGAUGGUACUAAAAUAAUAUCAACACAAGAAGAAAUCACUAACGAAUUAUUCCAGUACUACAGUGAACAGUUUAAAGUACCUGCAUUGGAUUGCUCUAAUGAACAUGAAGGUCAGAUAGAUAAGAUGUAUAAAGAGAUGUUAAAUAGAUUAUCUGUGUCGAAGGUAAACGUAGAAAAAACUAGUACUGCUGAAAUUAGGCGUAUAAUUAAAACCUUAAAGCCUAAGAAAUCAGCAGGCUUGGACGCAGUGUCAAACUUUAUAAUUAAAAAACUUCCUCCAAGUUACAUCGAGUGCUUAGCUAACUGCUUCAAUACAUGGUUAAACGAGUGUCAUUAUCCAGAUGACUGGAAAAUUGCAAAAAUCAUUACUCUAAAUAAGUUGAAAUCGGGUAUCCCAAAGUGUGAGCAAACUCGUCCGAUUUCUUUGUUAGCUACACAUUCAAAGCUGUUCGAAAAAGUGCUUUUACUUAGAAUUAGACACUGGGCAGAAACAAAUCGUUUAGUACCGUCAGAACAAUCUGGUUUCCGCCCAAAAUGUCUCCUACCAACUCGAGUACUUUCGAUAUAUCAGGAAGUGAAAAACAACAUGGCAGCUAAUAUUCCGACACUUGCCCUCUAUGUCGAUUACCAAAAGGCUUAUGAUCGUGUUUGGCAUGCCGCUCUUCUUUGUAAACUAGAAAAAAUGGGUAUGCCUCUAAACUUAUUGAAAAUGACUAAUAGUUGGUUAAAAGAUAGAAAAGCUUACGUAGAAUAUGGUGAAAUAACUUCGAAAAUUUUUAAUAUAAAUAUAGGACUGCCGCAGGGUAGUAGUCUUAGUCCGUAUUUAUUUAUAGUGUUUCACUCAGAUCUGACAAAUUAUCUAGGAGCUCAUUCAUGUCAUCUAUUUGCAGAUGAUCUGUGUGUAUUAAUUAAACCUCCAAUAAUGAAAAAAUUAGGCCCGAUGAUUGACUUCUUAGAAAAAGAAGGGUCACGAGUUUGUAAUCAGGUUUUUAUGUACUCAAAAAAGUGGAAACAGCCGUUAAAUGUUUCAAAAACUGUAGUACAACUAUUUCAUACACAAGUUAAAAGACCUAUAGUAAACGUAACAAUAGACGGAAAUAAAAUCGAGUUAGUCAAAGAAUUCAAAUACCUAGGGUUUACUUGGACGGAUAAACUUUCGUUGAAACCGACAGUCGAUAAAACCAUAGGAUUUAUUCAGAGAUCGCUAGGAAAACUGAAAUGGAUGAUGUCCGGUCGCAAAAUGUCACGUAAAGCUCUUCGUCAAUGUUUCUUCGCGUACACUUUCCCGCAUUU